UGUAUGUUUGUUUACCUGUUUUAUGCAUUUUUUAUUACUUUUAUACACUUUCACUUUCACUUGGCGCUUAGCUUAGUCAAAAUGGAGUUUAGUUAAUUUGAUAGCAGCUACAAGAUGUUUACAAAAGUUUUUUUUAUUCAAUUUAUGCUAAACACACAAAUACUGAUUUGAACAUAAUUUUUAAUGUAUGCACAACUUUUUUGUAACUUUUCCACCGCUACUUGGCUUCUAUGCUAACAACAAACAGCAUGUGACAUGAAUGUGCAUGCCCGCUGCAAGGAGAAUGUGCCGAGCUUGUGCGGUUGCGAUCACACCGAACGUCGUGGACGCAUCAAUUUGGAAUUGAAUGUGAAGGAGAAUUUGCUGACGGUGCAAAUCAAAGAAGGCCGUAAUCUCAUUCCGAUGGACCCGAAUGGUCUUAGUGAUCCCUAUGUUAAGGUCAAACUAAUUCCAGAUGAACAUGAAAAGUCCAAGAAGAAGACGCGUACCAUCAAGGCUUGUCUAAAUCCUGUGUGGAACGAGACCAUCAAAUAUGAUCUCAAGCCAGAAGACAAAGAUCGGCGUGUACUUAUCGAGGUCUGGGAUUGGGACCGCACAUCGCGCAAUGAUUUUAUGGGCGCUUUGUCGUUCGGUAUAUCCGAAAUUAUUAAGAACCCCGCGGAUGGCUGGUUCAAAUUGCUUACACAAGAGGAGGGCGAAUAUUACAAUGUGCCAUGCGCCGAUGCCACACAGGAUCUACUUAAACUCAAAAGUCAAAUGCGGAAAUCAUCACAAAACAAACCACUGGUGAUGCGUAGCGAUACAAACACACAGACACAAUCUAAAACAGAUAUGAUACGUGCUACCGAUUUUAAUUUCAUAAAAGUGCUGGGAAAAGGUUCAUUUGGCAAGGUCAUGUUGGCCGAACGCAAGGGCACCGAAGAUCUCUUCGCCAUUAAAAUACUCAAAAAGGACGUCAUCAUACAGGACGAUGAUGUCGAGUGUACAAUGAUUGAGAAACGUGUUUUGGCUUUGGGCGAAAAGCCGCCAUUCCUAGUACAGCUGCACUCAUGCUUCCAAACCUUAGAUCGUCUCUUCUUUGUCAUGGAGUACGUCAAUGGUGGCGAUUUGAUGUUUCAAAUACAAAAAUUCGGCAAACUCAAGGAGUCGGUAGCUGUCUUUUACGCAGCCGAAAUAGCCGCCGGCCUCUUCUUUCUACACAGUAAAGGCAUUUUGUAUCGGGAUUUAAAAUUGGACAAUGUUCUCUUGGAUGCCGAUGGUCAUGUUAAAAUUGCCGACUUUGGCAUGUGUAAAGAGAAUAUUAUUGGUGAUAAGACAACAAAGACAUUCUGCGGCACACCCGACUACAUAGCGCCCGAGAUCAUUCUAUAUCAACCCUACGGCAAAUCGGUAGAUUGGUGGGCUUAUGGCGUUUUGCUUUACGAAAUGCUCGUCGGCCAGCCGCCAUUCGAUGGUGAGGAUGAAGAAGAGUUGUUUGCUGCCAUUACCGAUCACAAUGCCUCCUAUCCGAAGAGUUUGAGCAAGGAGGCCAAAGAGGCGUGCAAAGGGUUCUUAUUGCAGUUUCUCACCAAGCAACCGAAUAAACGUCUCGGUUGUGGGCCCACCGGCGAGGCAGAUGUGCGUAUACAUCCCUUCUUUCGAAGAAUCGAUUGGGAGAAAAUCGAGAAUCGCGAAGUGCAACCGCCAUUUAAGCCGAAAGUUGUAAGUGAGAGCGAAAACUGUCGACACACUUCGCUAUGUGAAAUUAAUAUGCAAAUACCUUACACUACGCACAUACACACUGACACAUAGAAACAUCGCAAAGAUGUUUCGAAUUUCGAUAAGCAAUUCACUUCAGAGAAAACGGAUCUGACACCAACGGAUAAAGCAUUUAUGAUGAAUUUGGAUCAAACGGAAUUUGUGGGCUUUUCCUACGUGAAUCCAGACUAUGCAGUACUCGUUUAAAGGCACUGAAACUCCACACAUAAACGCACACACACACACAGACCCAAAGGCACUGUGUUUAGACAGCGUGAGUUGGAAUUAAAAGGACAGUGCAACGGAAAAAAAGAAAGAAAGCGAAAGCUUGGGAGAGAGCGGGAUAAAGCGUAUGCGAGGACAUUGCAUUUUCUUAACGGAGGAAAGUGAAGCAGGAGGUCAAGAGUUAGCCAGCUGCAAUAUCGUUUGGUGUGUAAGUGUGUAUAUUGUUGCGGUGCGUUUUUUCGAGCAUACUGUACUUUCGUGUGAACAGCAUUUUAAGCAGAAUUUCCAAAGCGUACUGAUGAGCUCUAUGCUGUAAAAGAAUUGCCUAAAGAUGUCAUAAUACAAACAAAUGAUAUGGAAUUGCCUAUGACUGAAAAGCAUGUGUUGGCGCUCUCAGGCAAAUCACCAUUUUUGUCGUGCUUUCAAACCAUGGUAAGAGCUCUGUCUGUUCUAUGUGUUUUUGAGGUUAUGCGUUUUUGCCUUCAAGAAUCGCUUGUUCUUCGCUAUGGAGUAUUGUAAAGACGGUGAUCUUAUGUAUCAGAGCAGGUAUAUGGACGUUUCAAUGAAUCUAUAUCUUUGUAAGAGCUUUGAAUUUGUUCUUAGUCAAUUGAAAUUUAUUUUUCAACCUUUAUUUAGCUUCUAUGCCAUAGAAACUGCUUAGCCUUGCUUUAGUCUUUCUACACGAACACCAUAUAAUCUAUUGCGAUCUCAAGCUAGAUAAUAUGCUGUUAGUUGAUGAGGGUCACGUAAAGCUUGUCGACUUCAGUUUUGGUAAGGAAGGUAUUGAAGAACGUGAUUCUACGAGAACUUUCUCCAAGCAUUUCAUUUCAUACAAAAUAACUGUACAAUUCAUUACAGAUACGUAACUAUGAACCCUAUAACCACACCAUCGAUUGGUGUUCUUUCGGUUUUUUGAUUUACGAAAUGUUGGCCGGCCAAAAUCCCUUCGAGGCUCAAGAUGAGGAGAGCAAUUUCAAGUUUAUCAAAGAUAUGAAAGCAGUCUUUCCGAAGCACUUCUCUCAAGAGGCUUUGGAUGUGCUAACUAGCUUCCUUGCUAAGAAGCCAAACAAUCGUUUGGGUGCCGAAUGCUAUGCGCGCUCUGAGGUUACCACACAUCCAUUCUAUGGGAAUAUUGACUGGGGCUUAACACAAACCGAUAAAUUAUUUAUGCUGAACUUAGCUGAGAAUGACUUUAUUGGUUUCUCUUAUGUUAAUCCGGAAUAUAUUUAUUAUAUAUACUAUAAAAAUAUCUACAUGUAUGCAUAUGUAUUAUAAAUGCCUAAAUGCUGAUUGAAGACUGUAAAGGUUGCAAAAUUGUUAAGGUGUUGAAAAUAAAGACAUAUUCUAA